UGGCGUGUACUCUCUGGCACGUCUAACUUCUGGUGGGAUACAUGGUCUGGACUGGGUGCCUUGCAUCGCCAGGUCGAUGGCUGCAGUGGGUACUGGACUGAUGGAGUGGGUGAUAUGUAUCGCUCUGAUUUUAUGAUUGACCAUGAUGCUCUACCCCCUGAUUUAUUACGGCAGUUGCGCCUUGAGCCGCCAUCUCUUGUUUCUGAUCAUGUGGAUAUUCCGGUCUGGACCCCGUCUACGGAUGGGAAGUUUACUCUUGCUUCUGCUACGGAGCUUCUUAGACCGAGGAGGAAUGAUGAGGUGGAGGACACUGUGCUUAAGAGGUGUUUGCAGAAACACUUACCCUAUAAGAUGUCCUUUCUAGCAUGGCGCGUUUUGGAGAGGCGCCUUCCCACUGAUGAUGUCCUGGCGAGAUUUGGCUUUGCUUUGCCUUCUCGGUGUUAUGUUAGGCCGAGGAGCAGGAUGCUCUCGUUCCUGUUCCACUGCCUGCCGAUGAUCAUUCUUUGGGAGAUUUGGACGCACUAUGCUGCGUGCAAGUAUGGGGAUGCUCGCCCCAACUUUGCACGCAUUAUUUUCCGGGUGGCUACGGCGGUGUCGGAGUGCAUCUAUCGUCGCUGGCCUAGCGGGGGUCUCUUGCCUUCCCGAUGGUCGGUGAUCAUGGAGCACGUUCGACGAGGCUCUGGACGCAGGAGGGUGGUGUCGAUUCGGUGGGUCCAACCGCCGGGUGGCACUAUCAAGGUGAAUGUGGCGAGGGCCCCGCUACGUGGGGCAUUUGCAGCGAUCGUGCGUGACUCGACAG